UGCCAAUUCGAGUUGGACUCUUAUUAUUUAUUUUUUACACCAACCUUGAGUAUAGUUGGUUUAGUUGUUGUUGCCUUACAGAGUACCUUACUGCUGUGUAAAGUGUUGGAACUUGACAGCUGGCACAGUGACCAGUACGUAACAGCCUACAGGCGACGUAAUACGUAUUAGUCAGAAGUUCGCUGUUAGUCACGACUCACGGACACUUCCUUGUUGUAGCCUGUUUGUGUUGGGUCGUUGAUACUCUCAAAUAAAUUUUUGUUCUUGUUAUUUUUUUUUCCAACCGUCUAAUUUCAAAAUGUUCAAAGUAUACAAUAAAUUAAACCGUAACCAAUUGAAAACACUAGAAGAAUAUAGGACCGUUCAGAAAACUAGAAGACUCUUGUCAACAUCUGCUUCACACUUAAAAGAAAAAUCCUCAGAUUCAAAAAAUGAUGUUAAACAAUCAAAAUCCUUCACAAUGAACCUGUUCCGUGGUCAAUUACAAACUUCACAAGUUUUCCCAUACCCAAAUGUAUUAAAUGAUGAACAAACUGAAACAUUAACAAGUCUAGUCGAUCCUGUGACAAAAUUUUUCAAAGAAGUCAAUAACCCACUCAAGAAUGAUGAGAUAGAAACAGUAGAACCUAACACCCUCGAAGGAUUAUGGGAUAUGGGUGCUUUCUCUUUACAAGUACCUCAAGACUUAGGUGGCUUGGGUCUCAGCAACACUCAGUAUGCUAGAAUGGUAGAAAUUGUUGGUGCUCAUGAUUUAGCUGUGGGUAUUGUUUUAGGAGCACAUCAGUCAAUUGGAUUUAAAGGAAUUUUGCUAUUUGGAACACCUGAACAAAAAGCUAAAUAUCUCCCCAGAGUGUCCAAUAAAGAAUUUGCCGCAUUUUGUCUGACUGAACCGUCAUCUGGUAGUGAUGCUGGCUCAAUCAGAACUCGAGCAGUCUUAUCUCCUGACGGUAAACAUUUUGUUCUAAAUGGAAAUAAAAUAUGGAUUAGUAAUGGAGGAAUGGCAGAAAUAAUGACAGUAUUUGCACAAACCCCUGUAAAAGACGAGAAGACUGGUAAGACAGUUGACAAAGUGACUGCCUUUAUUGUGGAAAGAGCGUUUGGUGGUGUUUCAAACAGUCCACCAGAAAAGAAAAUGGGCAUCAAAGCCUCAAAUACUGCCGAAGUGACUUACGAAGAUGUCAAGAUACCAAUUGAAAAUGUUUUGGGCGGUGUUGGCCAAGGUUUUAAAGUAGCUAUGAAUAUAUUGAAUAAUGGAAGGUUUGGAAUGGCUGCUGCUCUGUCUGGUACUAUGAGAUCAGUGACUGCUAAAGCUGUAGAGCAUGCUACCACUAGAGUACAGUUUGGUAAACGUUUGGACUCAUUUGGAAGCAUACAAGAGAAGCUUGCUCGCAUGGCUAUGUUGCAUUAUGUGACGGAGAGUAUGGCUUAUAUGAUAUCUGGAAACAUGGAUUCUGGAUCUGUAGACUAUCAUUUAGAAGCAGCAAUAUCUAAGUGCUUUGCAUCCGAAUCUGCCUGGUAUGUAUGUGAUGAAGCUAUCCAGAUUCUAGGUGGAAUGGGCUACAUGAAGGCUACUGGCCUAGAAAAAGUUAUGCGCGACUUAAGAAUAUUCAGAAUAUUUGAAGGUACUAAUGAUAUAUUGAGGCUCUUUGUGGCCUUAACUGGUAUCCAGUUUGCGGGUAGUCAUCUCAAAGAAUUGCAAAAAGCAUUCAAAAAUCCAACAGCAAAUUUAGGAUUAAUUCUUGAAGAAGUCACUAAACGAGCUCUCUCAUCGGUCGGAUUUAGUUCUGCUCCAUCUCUAUCACACUUGGUGCACCCAAAAUUAUCAGAUGCUGCUAAUCUUGCUGGUCAAAGCGUAGGUCUUUUUGGACCAGCUGUAGAAUCGCUGUUAAUCAAACAUGGAAAAGGUAUUAUUGAUGAACAGUUCCUUUUAAAUAGAUUAGCUCAAGCGGCUAUUGAUACAUACACUAUGACGGUGGUACUUUCUCGUGCAACAAGAGCACUCAACUUAGGUCUACCCACUGCUGAUUACGAAGCACUAUUGACCCAAGUUUACUGUUCUGAAGCCAGUGAUAGAGUAGCAAGCAAUUUAUUGCAACUGAAGUCUGGGAAGCACUUAGAUAACUUUUCAAAAAUGAGUGAUAUUGCUGAACAAAUGUGUCAAAGUGGUGGGUUAGUACAACCUAAUCCUUUAAAUUUGUAAACUGUUAAAAACUUAAAAACUGAGUAUUUUAUUCUGAAAUAAUUAAUUUCUAUAAACAUUGAAUCGCUAAAAUCAGGGUAAGGUGGUUUUUUUUUUAUAUAUUCUUAAUGUAAUAGAAAUAAAAUAAACUUGAGCUUAAAUACACAUUUUUUUAUCAUUUUUAAACUAUGUCUCUAUUUACCUAAAAAACUAAAAUCUGACUUAGCAAAAUUUUAAUAUUUAUUUAGAAAUUAUCGUUGCUUGAGUUAUAUUUGGUUAUUUAAUUAUGUUUUUUUUUUUUGUUAAGUAUUUUAUAUUUUAUAUUGUUUGUUUGUAUUGGUUUGAAAUUAUUGAUUUAAAAAUUAAUUUUGUUUAUUAUUGUAUUUUGUAAGUACACAUAAAAAAUUUAUAUAUAUAA